AUGUCCCAGGAACUUGAGCAGAACAGACACUCUGGAGAAGAGUCUCCUGAUCCAGUUUUAGAUGCGAAUACCAGUGAUGUUGAUGAUGAUGGGUUAGACCUUUUUGGAGAUGACGACGACGAACAACCUGAAGCAAAGCCAGGUCAAUUGGACGAUUCAAGCAACGACGCUGAGGAAGAUGAACAAGAGAAAGCAGGUAAACCCGAAGCUAAAGUGACUUCACACACAAAAUCCGUAUAUGAUAAUGGGGAAACCCUAGAUAUCUCUCUGCCUAUACAUCCCAAGAGUCACAUACCCCAAGGGAAGCAAGACAGAUGGGUAGUAAAAUUGCCAGACUUCUUGGACAUCAAUGCGGAACCAUUCGACCCUAGGCCAUUCGAAAUGAAUGUCAAAACACACGAAGAUAAGAAUCAAGAAUUGCUGGACAAGCUUAUAGCGGUGAAUACUGUGAGGUGGAGAUAUGCCAAGUCGGAAACUGGUGGAAUUUUCAAAGAAACUAACUCGCAAAUAAUUCAAUGGGAAGAUGGAACGUACUCGUUGAGGGUCGGAAGCGAAAUUUUUGACAUGUUCACCACUAAUACUGAUGACAACUAUCUUGUUUCAGAACAUAACGAGGAGGGGAUUUUAAUGACAGAGUCCACACUAUCCAAGUCUGUCAAAUUGGUUCCGGCUUCUUUCCAAAGUACUACUCAUCAAAAACUCGCAAAGGCACUUUCAGCCAAACAGAAAAAGGAAUCUUAUGCCAGGAGCGUCGUUACUAAGGAAGAUCCAGAGGAAAGGCAGAGAAGAUUGGAAUCUCAAGAAAAUGAACGAUACAGAUUGGAACGUAGAAGAAAACAAGCUGAAGAAGAGGAGGACUACGAUAGUUAUGCCGUGAGUACUUCAAGAUCAAGGCCAUCACGUGCCUCUCAAAUGUACAACGCCGCCGAUGAAGAUGACGAUGACGAUGAUGUUGCCAUUGGUAGAACUCUAGCUAGCAGGCGAAACAAUGGGUACGAAGACGAUGGGUUUAUUAUCGAUGACGAAGAAGAAGAAGAAGCUGUUGAAAAUGAUUCCGCUGAUGAAGAGUCUGAAAAUGAAGGUGAUGAUGACGAAGAGGAUGACGAAGAAGCAGCUGAAAGACUCAACCGACUUAAGAGGGCUGGAGCUUCGAAAUAUACUAAUGAGGGCGAACAAGCACAAUCUGAGCCAGUCAAAUCGGAAGAGGCCGACAACGCCAGCCAAAGGGACGAUGCGCCGCGCAAGAAAAGAAGGGUCAUCCUAGACGAUGAUGAAGAGGAAGAGGAGUAG